AUGGGUGCUGUAGACAAUCCAUUGUAUGGUAAAGGCGUGUAUUUCUUACGAGGUCCUUUCUUUCCAAAGAAUCGGCCCAAUACUUCUUUCGAUUCUCUCGCCUUCGAAGGGCACGACCAUCCUUUUGUUGGCACCAGACUAUCUUACAUGGGUAGUUUUACUGAUUCAGUUGCUGUCACGAGCACCGGCAUAGUAUGCAACAUCGAUACUGUCCAAGAAUCAUCUCCUAAAAGCCCGGAAGACAUACUUCUCACAACAAUUGAUACUACUAAACUUUUGACAGUCUUGCAUUCAGACUUCCAUCCGAUCGUCAACACGAUUUGCCCAGUAACUGCCAUUUCAAGAACCACUGCAGUGUCGCCAAGUAGUGACCCUGAGACACAUAACACCCAAACGAGGAGGCGUAGUAAUCGUAUCCCAACAUACUCCCAAUCUGAGAGAUCCACUCCCACGAUGAAGUCGACACCAUCAUCUACAUUCUGUCCAUUAGCCUUUCAAGUUGAAGAUUGGGGCAAGAGACCAGUGUUUAGCUCUCCAAUCGUACGAUCUUCAUCCAACAAACGCCGUCGUUUGAACUCCAUGUAA